GUGGUGACCCGUCGCAGGCCGCGGUGGCUGCUGGGAGGAAGAAAACAUGGCGGACGGGCCCAGUAAGACGGAAGUUCAGACCCUGUUCAAGCGGCUGAGGGCAUUGCCGCCCAACAAGUCCUGCUUUGACUGCGGCGCAAAGAACCCAAGCUGGGCCAGUGUUACAUAUGGAGUGUUUCUCUGUAUCGACUGUUCUGGAGUUCAUCGGUCUCUUGGUGUGCAUCUCAGCUUCAUCCGAUCUACAGAGCUUGAUUCCAGUUGGACCUGGUUUCAGCUGAGAUGUAUGCAAGUGGGAAGUAAUGCUAAUGCGAUUGCUUUUUUCCGCCAGCAUGGUUGCACCACCACAGAUGCCAGUGCCAAGUACAAUAGCCGUGCAGCUCAGACGUACCGAGAGAAAAUCCGGCAGCUGGCAAGUGCUGCCAUGGCCAAGUAUGGGAAUGAUCUUCUAAUUGAUGGGCUGAGUGGAACUCCAGGCCACUCCCCUGAAAAGAGUGAUGCUGAUUUCUUUCUAGAACAUACACAGCCUUGUAACACAUGGGACGUGACUGAGAUAGGCCAGGGCAUGACAGAAGCUUCACUGGAGCUGGAGAAAGUAUCUAAACCACCUGAAAGCAGUGAGGAAACCCCACAGUCUGAUCAUGGUCCUUCUAUUGAUUUACUUAGCACUUCUCCCAAGGGGCCUCUUGACGCAUCCAUGUGUCUGUCUCGACAAGGGGCUGCUCCUGCCAGAGAAAUAAAACCUUCCCUCAUUGGAAAGAAGAAGCCUGGGGCUACAAAGAAAGGGCUGGGUGCCAAAAAAGGCCUUGGAGCACAAAAAGUGAGCAGCCAGAGUUUCACUGAAAUUGAACGUCAAGCACAGGUGGCUGAGAAACUGAAGGAGCAGCAGGCUGCGGAGUACAAGAAGCAAGCAGAGGAAUCCUUAGUGGCCUCCAUGAGACUGGCGUAUCAGGAGCUGCAGAUUGAUCGGAAAAAGGAGGAGAAGAAACUUCAAAACCUGGAAGGGAAGAAGCGUGAGCAGGCAGAGCGGCUGGGCAUGGGCUUGGUGUCCAGGAGCUCCAUUUCUCACUCUGUUCUCUCUGAGAUGCAAGUGAUAGAACAAGAAACGCCAGUAACUGCAAAGUCCACACGGUCCCAGCUAGAUCUCUUUGAAGACACUGGAAGCUUCACAUCUGGACCACCAAAGUACAAGGAUAAUCCCUUUUCAUUGGGCGAUGCCUUCAGCUCACAGUGGGAGACAGAUAACUCCUCUUGGGGGAUGGACAAAGGGGAAGAGGAGGCAGACAUUGCCAUCUCCAGCAUCCGGCCCAUUGGUGACAGACCCAUUAACAGAAGAGAGACAGAGAGCAAGAUAUCGGUAGUGGAGUCCAAUGAAGCUCGGCAGAAGUUUGCAGGGGCCAAAGCCAUCUCAUCUGAUAUGUUCUUUGGACGGGAAGCUGAUGCUGAGUAUGAAGCCAGAUCUCGACUCCAGCAACUUUCAGGCAGCAACGCCAUCAGUUCAGCUGAUCUCUUUGGAGAAUCUGAGACAGUGAACUCAGGUGGUGUGUCAAUUGGAAAUGUACUGCCUGCUGCUGAUAUUGCCCAGUUCAAGCAAGGGGUGAAAUCCGUCGCUGGCAAGAUGGCUGUUCUGGCCAAUGGUGUGAUGAACUCUCUCCAGGAUCGGUAUGGUUCGUAUUGAUGACUCAAGGGAAUGUGCAUCUCAUAGCUGCUGGUGAAACACCACUUGCACCUUGAGCUCACCUGGAAAAAUCUCAACAGGAUUACUUUUCAGCUGAGCAUGAUUGGGGGCUGCUUGAGAACAGAAGGAGAAAUGGACAUGGCUGGCAUUUGCUCAAAACCUCUAUGGACAUUGUUUUGUAAUAGACACAAUAUUCUUUCAAAAUCCAGCUUCCAGUCAAUGGAGUUCAUGGGUCCUUCCAGAGAACAUCCCUCUGUGGUUGUGCCACUGACGCUGGGCCACGGUGGAGCUACUCUUUGCGCUUUUAAACUGUUC